AAAAAAAAAAAAAAGGAAUCUUUUUAUGCUUGAAAUAAAAUCGGGACCCUAUUUAUAUAUGAAAAAAAAAAAGAGCGGCAAAACAAAACCCUAAAAUUCUCCAAUUUACAAGCAAAUAACGGUUUGCAAAAGUGGAGUGACUCCAGUCCUUUGUUUGAUUGACCCAAGAGGGCAAAUCGCCAGCAGUAGCAGCAGCAGCAGUAACAGCAAACAAGGAAGCCAAGUGAGAUAAAAAUCUAAGCUCCGUUCAAGUUUAGCUUCUCUUUUGCUUGUCUCUCUUUUUCCGUAGCUGUUAAAAAGAAAUGUUUCUCGGAGUUUAUGUCAGAAAAAAGAAAAGUAACAACAGCCAAAAAAAAACCACGUACUUUAUAUGCAUAUCUAUUUCUAUCAAAUAAAGCAGUAAGCUUUCUGAUCUUUUUAUUCAGAACACACCCCUCACAUUGAAAACAUAAGAUGCAUAAUAAGACUAUGAAUUGUUGUUGUAUUUGUCAUCAUAGAAUAAGACUUGCCUUGGUUCACCUAUGCCAACAAACUUGCUGUUGUUGGGAUUCCAACCUGCAAAAUAGUCUUAUAAUUGAUCUGGUUAUUAAUUACAUUUCGGUUAAGCUGGGCAAUCCAGGUACGCAAAAAAGCCCUUUUUGUAUUAAUAUUGAUACAACUCAUAAAAAUGUUUAGAACCAAUUUUUGGCCAUUUGCAAGCAGAUCUCUAUCAAAAUCCAAAAUUAAUUGGGAACCUAUUGCCCCUUCCUAAUGGAUCUGACAGUUCGAUUAUAAUUCCUAAACACAUCCAUUCAAGCACAUAGAUACAAAGAUAGGAAGACAGACAGGCACACACAUACACACACACAUACACACACACACACACACACACACACACACACACGUACAAUCUUAAAUCAUGC